AAAACCCUCGCCGCCGCCGCUAGCUGCCCGGCCCUCUUCCCACGUCCGCCGCCGCCGCCCCUCCCAACCCACCACGUCCGCCUCCGGCCUCGCCGCCCCACUCCACUCCACCUCAAGCACGCCGCUACCUUACCCUCCCCUACCAUGGCCGGCGACGGGGCGGGCUCCGCCUCCGCCAUCGUCUCCGGCGACGCGAGCGGUUACCACGUGCUCAGGAUCGAGGGCUACUCGCGCAUCAAGUCCACCAUCCCUAACGGCGAGGUCGUGGAGUCUCGCCCCUUCAGCGCCGCUGGGCACACCUGGGUUGUCCGGUACUUUCCCAACGGCAACCUCCCGGAGAACGCCGACUACAUCUCCAUCUACCUAGUCCUCAAGGAUACCGUCGCCAACCACUUGAUGGUGCAGCUGGUGUUCAGCUUCAUCGACCAGGUGGAGAUGCAGAAGCGGUCUUGCGUUCCUACCGUUGAGCCGAACAAGUUCGUGAGCCACGGCAGCUGGGGCCGAGCUAAAUUCGUCAGGAGGGCGGAGCUGGAGCAGUCAGCUCGCCUCAAGGACGACUGCUUCACGGUCAGGUGUGACAUCGUCGUCAUUGGCAAGCCACGCGCCGUGGACACAGCGGCGGCCGCUCCCUCCAUCCUGGUGCCGCCGCCGGACUGGCUGCAGCACUUCCGCGCCCUCCUGCUCAGCGAGCAGGGCGCCGACGUGUGGUUCCAUGUCGGCGACCAGACGUUCGCCGCGCACCGGUGCGUGCUCUCGGCACGGUCGCCCGUCUUCAACGCGCAGCUCUUCGGCGCGAUGAGAGAAGGCGCCGCCAGCGCCACACGGGACUGCAUACAUAUUGAUGAUAUGAUGCCGCAGGUGUCCGAGGCGUUGCGGCAUUUCGUGUACACCGACGCGCUGCCGGAGACGGACGGGAAAGAUGAGGCUGCGGCCAGCCCCGCAAUGGCACAGCAUCUGCUAGAGGCCUCUGACAGGUAUGACAUGCAGAGGUUGAAGAUGAUCUGUGAGGACAGGCUGUGUCGGCAGAUUGACGUGAGCACGGUGGCGACCACGCUGGCGUUGGCUGAGCAGCACCGCUGCCAAGGGCUCAAGGAGGCAUGCUAUGAGUUCCUCAAGUCUCCAAAGACGCUGGAUGCGGUAAUGGCAACGGAUGAGUUCCAGCAUCUGGUGAAAAGCUGCCCUUCUGCUUUGUUCGAGUUGAUGUCCAAGCUUGCUGCCCGUUGAUAUCAUGUAGAGCAAAUGGAAGACAGGAUCAUGGGUUUUUAGUAGACCCAGGAUUAUUUAUACAAUUGCAAGUGUCCAGAAAGACGAAUUAUUUGGGUUAUUUGGGAUACCGGCCCAACAACAACAACAACAUAGCCUUUUUGGGAUACCGGCCCCAUUGAUAUAAAAAAUGGCCUGGUAUGCUAUCUAGUACUAGUUCUAGAAGUUCUACGUCGAUCGUGUAGUCAUAUGUCCAUUUAAUAGUUGCACUAAUGUACUUGUGAAUUUGCUUCAGCAAUCCUGGCACUUGUUUAUGUGCAGAUAUUAUUGCACAUCAGUACAAAAUUAUAAUUGCACAUCAGUACAAAGUUAUUCAACUUUUCAUCAUUAUAAUAUCUUCCAUAUUAAUUUA